CUUCGCGACUUUUGAGUAUCACUCAUGGUCAAGUGGUUGAUGCUUCUGAGCCCCUCAGCCCCUUUGGUUGUGGUCUUCGCAAUCACGCGCCCACAUGGACUGGGGGCUAUUAACAUUCGGGCUAGCAUUGCGAGAGAACAGAUAACCAACGAACAAUGAGUUUUGCACUCGGAAGGAUGAGACACUAAGUACUCUACUCGCCCCAGGUGAAAGUGCCUUCGGUGGCUAGAAUAUUAUGAGGUGCUGUAUUGGUCCCCGAUCACAACGAUCGAUCACUACACCCUGGAUUUCUGUGUAACCCACGACCUUUACUCUCUAGGCUCCAGUUCUCCUCCUGUUGCAGGGCGUCCGCCUUGUAAAAGCCGUUGGAAUUCAAGCCUCUAACCGUUGGUGAAUUUUUGCAAGGCCGUGAUCAGGCUUGUUAGGCUUCGACAUUCCCAGAUGUCGUCGACAGAGAAAAGGUCGCUCGCCACCUCGAGCACAGCAAUCUCUUCACCGACAACCAUGUCGCAGGGUGCGGACAAAUAUCCUGUACCGGCUGGAGACCACAACUAUCCAGAGGUUGCUCAACAGACCUAUCCCCAAAUGUCCGUCUUUCCUCAGCCAUCUGUCUACCAACAACCGCAGCCGCAGAUGCAACCGCAGCCCCAGCCACACGCAUUGCAACCUCCUCUACAACAAUAUCAGUAUGAAACAAGCGGCAAGGACGUGGCAGAGCCUCCGCAGCCUGUACAGAAACGAAACCCUUGGGGCCUCUCGCCGCUCGCUUUUGGACUUCUUGUUGGCUUGCUGACUACUCUGAUUGUGGGUGCCGCUGUUGGCGGUGGGGUAGCCGGAGCCUUGUCAGGAAAUAACAACUCGGCCUCUGCCGUGACAACAACAACCAUGACAGUCACAGCCGGGGGCGCAGAAAGCACCACAGCCGCAUCGCCUACCACUAGCUCAGGAUCGCCCUCAUCUUCUACCGAAUCUCCUCUCCCUGCCUCGUUAGAAGACUAUGUGGCGCCGCUUGCAUCAACUAUCAGAACCUUGAGAUACCCUGGAUGUGGGACGUCAAGCGUCACCACCCCUCGAGGGGACGAGUUCGACCUUCUCUGCGGAAUCGACUUCAACAAUAACUUGGUCAGCCGAGAGGAUUCCGACAAACGUGUUUUUGACAUCACAGCUAGCAUCGCCUACAGUUUGGAGGACUGUCUAUACAUGUGCAUGAACACAAACUUUUUUCGAAAAGGGGAUGCCCCGGAAUGCUUGGGCGUUACAUGGACCGCCCAGCUUGCCACUUCCAACCAGAGCAAUUAUGCCAACUGUUGGGCCAAGAAUGGAACUUCGAGCGGCUACCAAUGUAACAACUGCAUCAGCGCCCGUCUUGUUACAUGAGGGGCCGUGGAAGGGAUAGGUAGUCGGUAGUCCCAAGGAUAAUGCCGUUACACUGGGAGUUUGGGAGGAAAAUAAGGCAUGGGGUGGUGUCCGUGGAGCAUUUUUUCGGAACACAGCAUCUCUGCGGUUGACAGACUGUUUGAUAAUGGCCUGGACAUAUCCUCUAUUUAUGAUUGUCGUG